GCGUGUGUGUGUGUGUGCGUGUGUGUGUGCGUGUGUCGCCUCUUCCUGGUUCCUCCUGGUUCUUCUCCUCUCGGGCUCCUCUCGUCGCUGCGUCAGGAGGAACCUCUGCGCCAUGUUGACCCGCUAACAGCCGGAACUUUAACCCACUAAGCAACUAGUUGGUGUUUGGUAGCUAACGCUAGUUAGCUCCGCGUUAGCUCCCUGCUAGCCGCACAGCCCGUCGGUUACAGACUCCCCACGCCUGACUCCGUUCACAUAAUGCGGGAUUUAACGGAGCCCGAUGCCCGGUGGACCGGAGAACCGUUCUAAAUGAUCCCCGUGUGAUGUUUACGUCUUUGCCGGAGACCUUCUCCCCUUCGGCCGCCCGCCAGCAGCGAACGAGCGCAUUUCUCUCCGUUAAAUGUGACCUGUGAGCCCCUCCAGCUGGGUGAAGUUCAUCUGCUGAUCCUUCAUUAAAGAAGAGUCGAACUCCGCCAUGCGACACAGCGCGCUUUAUCCGGGACAAUGACACACAACAACAACAACAACAACAACACCGAGCAAAGCAUGUUCGCGUCCUGCUGUAACUGGUUGUGUUUGGACUCGGCCGCUGACGUAGAACCGGCAGGUGGAGCCGAGCGACGCCACCAGUCCUACACCAACUCUGCCUUCAGCAGCCAGCCGUCUCCUCCGCCCGAACACACCUGUAAGGCCUGCGGGGGGAGACUCGACACACCUGCCACGAAGCAUGUCUGUGUCGACUGCCAGAAGGACUACUGCUGCCGCUGCUCCGCCCAGCUAGAGCCCCGCCCCCGCCUCUGUCACACCUGUCAGCGUUUCUACGGCAACCUGCUGGAGCGGGCGGAGCUCAUGAAGCUGAAAGUGAAGGAGCUGCGGGACUACCUGCACCUGCAUGAGGUCUCCACCCACUUGUGCAGAGAGAAGGAAGAGCUGGUGGAGCUCGUCCUCGGACAGCGGUCCUUGCCGUCCCACGGGUCCGUCCCCGAGACUCCGACCUCCACCCCCCCCGACGUGACCUCCGACCCCACCAUUUGCAUCUCCUCCCCGACUCCCGACUCCCCGACCUCCAUCCCAGAGCCCCCGUCUGCCGAAGCCCCGCCCCCGCCCACAGAAGAGCCCGCCCCCGCUGAGCCCAAUGCUGCGGACGAAGACCAGAACUGGGAUCCGGAGGGUCCGGUCUCAGGCCGCCGGGCUUCUCUUUCGGAUCUGAGCUGCCCGGAUGACAUCGAGGGGCUCAGCGUUCGACAGCUGAAGGAAAUCCUCGCCAGGAACUUCGUCAACUACAAAGGUUGCUGUGAGAAGUGGGAGCUGAUGGAGAGAGUGAACCGGCUGUACCAGGACCAGCAGAACCUACUGGCCGCCAACGCUGUGAACUCCUCAGAGUCCGGUGGUGUUGGUGGAUCUCCGGGCCAGGAGGAGAACCUCUGUAAGAUCUGCAUGGACUGUCCCAUUGACUGUGUCCUGCUGGAGUGUGGUCACAUGAUCACCUGCACAAAGUGCGGCAAAAGGAUGAGCGAGUGUCCCAUCUGCCGCCAGUACGUCGUGCGAGCCGUCCAUGUCUUCCGGUCCUGAGCAGCGACCUGAAGCUCGGUCGUCAAAGGAAUGAACCGCUCUUAAACUUUCCUCAAGUCUGCUGCAGCACAGAUGUUUCUAUUUCGGUAAUUAUUUUUCUAGUGUGAAUAAGAAAAGGAACGUGAGAAGUGGCCUUCUGUUUGAACUCAAACCCUGAAUGUACAGACUCACCUGAGUCGUUAAAUUGAACCUACGAACUGGAGCCUCCUGCCGCCUCCCAAAGAGAAGCUUCCUCUGUUUACACCACUUUACUGGACUAUAAAUCCCACCGGAGACCAGACUUUAACUGCUUUAACAUCAGAUUACCAGCCGGAGAAUAACCUUUGACCUCCUCACACACACUCCAAGUCCCUCCCUCAGCUGAUCGGUGCCACGCCUGUCAAUCACACCGUUUAACCUUCAGGUGAGCAGAAAGAAGAACGUCGGUCUGAAAGCUGCUUUUCCUCUUCAGAUCCUCGAUGUCGCAGAAAAACGUUUAAUUACUGGAUGGACAAGUUCAGUGUGUCGGCAACAUGUACUUUAUACAUUCAAUCUCACUUCCUCAUAAUUCUUAUUAGGUUAUUGGAUCCAGCAUUCCAUUAAAACCUUUCAUUAUUUCAUUUAAAAAAACGUCCAUCACGGAAAAUCAGCCAACCACGAGUAAGUAAAGUAAGUUUCAAGCUAAACAAUGAAUGAAUGUUACUAAUGAUUCCCACUUCUCCUUCAGUCAAAAGUUUACCUAAACAAUUAUUAUUACUAAAUGACAUCUUCAUGGACGUUACUGUCUUAUCAUUCAUCUAAUCAUCAUCAGGGGAGAGAAAAGAGGGAUAAACUGCCGCUUUCUAUCCUAAAAUGUGCAGCAUUUUACAGAUUUAAAUCCAAUCUCACUUCUCAAAUAGUCGUCAAACACAAUAGUUCCAGCUGUUUGUGGAAAAUGAUCACCUCCCAUACACAUAUUUUACUGUGUAGCAUUUUCCCUCUGCUUUCAGUCUUUGUGCUAAGCUAACUAUGGAUCCAGGGCCAUAGCUUUCUUUGAGGUAAUUUCCUCUUUGUGCGUUCUAGGAAUUUGGUUUGAUUUUCUAAGAUGUUGAAGACAAAGCACCUGUCUGAUGUUCUAAUGUGAGGCUCCUUUAACCGCUGGACCUCCAAGAUGAUUGUGAGUCUGUUCCUUUAGUUCAAUAGAGGCUCCAGGAUGCUUCCUGGUGGAACUCCACGUGCUAUUAGAGGAGUGAGAAGAUGUGACUUGUUGAUCUCUACCAGCAGACUGUCUCUGUGUUGUUAAACUCUUUGGUUUGAAGUUAACUUUGUGUUUUGUUUGGACCUUGAAUGCACUAAUCUGUUGAUGCUUUGAGCCUUUUCUUUCGUGUUAUUGUUUUGUAAGGACAAAGAAGAGGAAGUUGUUCUAGAGGGACGUAGUGGGACAUAUUUUACUGUUUUUGUCUUUCUGAUGAGCUCAUGAAGGUUUAUUGUUGUUGUGAAUAUUUUAGAUUGUUUUUUCUGAAAUGAUGGUUGCUGUUAACAGCCUUGUUUGUCUUAGAGUUUAACUUGUAGGAACAUUUUUCUCCUGCGCUUUGAAUUCUCAGCUACAAUAUACGUAAAUAAAGUAAUAAUCACUUUACUGUGAGUUCUAUUGGACUAAACUCUUCAGCUACACGUUAGCAUCGUCAGCAGCUGGAAGCUAACAUGCUAUCACCCAGUUGUUGGGGCUUUGCCUUUUUGAUAGUGUAGUUUGAAUAAUAGUUUAAGGAUUAAAUGGGUUUUAGGGUUCUAACUUAUGGGAAUAGUUUGGGAUUCACUGCCUUCGUCUCAGUGAGACACAAUAAAGCUGAAUAAUCUGUUUUAACGCCUGACUUCAUUAGCAGAUGCCUUGUGGUGUUAAAGCUUCAGUAAAAUCUGUUCAAAUGAAGUACUGUCAAUUUGUAGAAGCUUUACUUUUAUGGUGAACUAUUUUGUUAAUAAAACCAAUUAUCUUCCG